UUCUCCUCCAAGCAAACGGAACUGAAAAAAAAAAGCCCAACCCCAACGCCACCACCCGCCCCAACGCCACCACCCGACCUCUCCAUCCGCGCUCGCCUCCCCCUCCGCUAGGGUGUCUUCGCCGCCAUGUUCGAGAGGGUGGUGAGCCAGGUGCUCGCCGGCCUCCUCGGCCGCUACGUCAAGGGCAUCCAGAAGGAGCAGCUUAAGAUCGGCAUCUGGAACGAGGAAAUACUACUAGAAAAUGUAGAGCUGAUUUUGGAAGCCUUCGACUACCUGCAGUUGCCAUUCACGCUGAAGAAUGGACGAAUUGGGAAGCUAAGCAUCAGGAUUCCAUGGAAGAAGCUUGGAUGGGACCCUAUAAUUAUUGUCAUAGAAGAUGUCUUUGUUUGUACAUGUCCGUGUGGAGCUCAGAUUCUCUGGAGAAGAGAGAACUAGCUGGAAAGUUGGCUAAACUUAAUGCCAUAGAGCUUGCUAAAAUUUCCAGAAGAGUAACAGGUCAGUCUUGAUCCCAUGUUCCUUAUAGACUGUUUGGAUUUAGGGAUAGGUGGUUGGGAUUUGGAUUGGGAUAUGGGGGUGGGGUAGCCCUAACCCUCAAUCGAAGAAGAUGGAGGGUUAGGAUUAGCCUACCGCCCUACCCUCAUAUCCCGAUCCCUAUGUCACCUCCCUAUAUCCAAAACCAAACACCCUUUUAUUGGUUCAGUAAAUUUCAAAGGUUAUUUUAUCAUUAUAAUUUACUAAACUGUUAGCUUAACAACUUCAGUUGUGUAUUCUAGUGGUAACUUUAGGUUUCUUGUCCUCACCAUUUCUGUUUAUUUUUCUACCGCAUUCAUUUUCUAUUCUCUUGAAUAUAGAGCUUUACUGAACUGGUAACAUAGACAAAAAUUCAAAUUUUUCUCAUAUCAUAUAUACUAAAAGCCUGUUUGUUUCAGUUUGCUUUUAACUGUUGGCUUUUACAACAUUUUUUUGGCUUCUCAGCACACUACUUCUCAGAAAAGCUACUCUCAGCUAGUUUCUCGGCUUCUAGUUUGUUUCCUUAGAAAUAGGCUUCUGGUUUCUUCAGAAGCCAAUUUUUAGCAAACCCGUUUGUUUGGUUUCGCUAGAUGACUGCUUCUAAGGAAAUAAACUAGAAGCUAGCUGAAGUAGUUUUUUCUGAAAAGUAGUGUACUGAGAAGCCAAACAAAUGUUGUAAAAGCCACAACUAAAAUUCAAAAGCAUCUUUUCAACAAAGCCAAAAACAUAGCUUUUCAGAAAAGCUAAAAACAGAAGCUUAAACAAACAGGCCCUAAGUAUAUAGGUAAGACAUGCUUAUCUAAGAACCUUUAUAAAAAGAUUUGAAGAUUUCCCAUAAUAAAAUGUCACUAACGUGUUUCUUUUACGUAAAAUUUAUCACAGCAUUAAUGUAAUAGUUGCAAGUCUCAUGUGUGUUCAGAAGAAUUACACAAUUUACAGUAAUUUUGACCUUCCCUAUUCUUUUGACCUCUAGAUAAUCAAACGGGGCAAUCAUUUUUGUCCUACAUAUCAGCAAAGGUACCAAACAUGCAUUAUUUUCUUUAAACAACAGUAACUUUGAAGUUUGCUCUGAAACAUUGAAUAUUUUGUCGCACUUGUUUGACUCCUGUUGGUAGAUACUGGACAAUAUCCAAGUUUCUAUGCGAAAUGUUCACAUUCUAUACAUGGAUUCCCACAACGAUCUGUUUCUGUAUUCCUGUUACUCAGUGUUGUGUAUGGUUUUGUUUCAGCCAACAUUCAAGUUUGGUUUUAUUGUUUCCUCGAAUUAGGUCUAAACCUUUUUCUAAAAUUUAUCUGGUGAAGAUGGUCAGAAAUUUCCAAACUCAUUUUUGGAUGCUAUUACGUUGACCGCUGAGUUUAAUUUGUAUUAUCUUAACCUAUCAGGGAGUCCUUUCGAUUCUUUUACAUGUGUCCCUCUCAAGCCUCCAUAAAUCCAGUCCAUCCAAAACCAAUCUCUCUCUCUCUCUCUCUCUCUCUCUGAAAUUGUGAGUUGCUUGAAAGAAAAAUCCAGAUAACGUCUAAUGGGCCACAUUUCCUUCUGCCGGCAACCUACUUUUUUGUGCACUUCACACUUAUGUUCUACAUCUUACCUUCCGACCUUCACUGUAAUCUUUAUUUUUUCCCUUGAUGAUCUGUCAGUUAUUCUCACAUAUUUUCUUGGCGAAAUGUCAAUAGGGGAGCUUCGUGUUUGGUUUGGAAUUCUCAAGUCUCUCAAUACAGACAGAUACCCAGAAGCAAAGUUUUGCCAUAAUGCCAAUAAUUUCAUUUCAUUUCUUUUGUUCUUAAAAAACUGCAGCAAAGCAAUAUAUUGAGAACAAAAGCUUCCCCUAUGCUAGUUAAGCCUUUUCUUCUCUGUAUACAACUUGUUCUUCAUUAUUUUGUUACUGAAGAUUAGGAUUAGAAGGGCAUGUUUUGAUUAGAAAGCAUAAUUUUGGAACAUAUGAAAUUGAGAUGCAAUUGCUAAGAAGUAAUGGAAAAUUGGAAAUGCUUGCAAUUAGGUGGAAAUUCCUUGAAGUGUUGCAUUGGGAAUUGCCAUCUUAACAGGGAAGCAUACUGUAGGAACUACCGUUCCACAUGACUGCUUCGACACCUGAAGGAGCCCAAAACUGCACGAGAAUACUUCACUUUUGACUGUAAAGUUCUGUCUUAAGAGUUACCUGUGGUGCUCUAAAAUUGAUUAAUGGAUCACUUUAGAUACUUGAUUUAUUUGUGGAUACAGCUGCAUGAGUAGAUAAGCACUUAGGUUUCUUUUGUGCAAUAUACAGUGAAAACUGUUAGGACUUUUCUGCAGUCAUUAAAAUUUGCUCUUGAAUAUUUUCAAGAACAUUAUAAUGGCUAUGGAAUAUGGACAAAUGUGUGGAAAUGCUGUUGCCAUAUAGUUUGUAGGCUCGCAGAUAUUUUAGUAUUUCAUGCAGUUGAUUCAAACAUAUAUUUAUAUUUUGUAUGCAAUAUGUUAAUGUUCAAAGGUAAUAAUAUACAAUGCAACGUCAAUGCCCUUCGAGUUGUGUUUUGAUAUACCAUUUGGUGUUUCUUCAAAGGUAUGUAAAUUUCCAACAGUUUUUAUCUUGGAAAUAUUUCUAAUUCUUCGGAUGAACUUACUACUAGAAUAAGUCAAUAGUUGCCUUUCUAUGCCUUUAAAAUUUUCACCUGUGUUCAGGGUAAAAAAUGGGUUUCACCAAAAGAACUCCAACUGGAAACUAUUCUGUGGAUGAAGUUAUGACUAGAAUAAUUAAAUAAUUGCCAAUCUAUGCAAACUUCAAGUUUCAGGUGUUUAUGUAUUCAAUACUUAGUUAAGGAUUGUAGUAUUUCUUAACUAAAUUGAUUCUUCUAAAAUCAAUUAUAAUGCUGGUAUAUUCUAUUUGUUCAUGUGGUGCUAGAAAAUUCUAUCUCUUCUACCUACUUGGUAGUAGUGCACAAAGAACUAGAUAACCUUCAUGUUUAAUUGAGGCUUUAGUGGACGAUGCCAUUGCAAAUGAUUAUUUCUAUUAGGCAAGGCAAUUAUCUUUUCUGAGUGUAUGCAUAUCCUUCUUGAAUUGCAAAGUUCCCUACAUGGCUAAUAGCAUGAUUCUUCAAGAAACCAUUCUAAUUCUCCAUAACUACAUGUUAUAGAUUAACUCAUAAUAAUUGGCAUGAUGGAGAGGAAGAAGAAAAGAGAGAGAGGAAGAACAAGAGGACGAGGAAGAAGAAGAGGGGGAGAGAGGUGGAUGAGCCCCCUAUUCGGCUCCUCUGCAUCCGCCACUGGAUACUUCUAUUGUAAAGUCAUAAUGCUGGUGUGAAAGAUGUAUACAAUAUUGUCAUUAGCUGCUGCUAUGUUCUAGUUAAAUAUCAUUUCUUCUAGAAACAAUUGGUGCAAGGCAUAAUUCUUUAUGCUAUUGACUUCAUUUCAUACAAAAAUAGUAAAGAUUUGUUUAACCUA